AUGGAGGACUGUACGACUACAGCACCUGUUGUCACUGAACCCUUUGACCUUGGAAAGAAUAUCCAAUUACUCGUCAGCCGUACCCAUGCCAUCUCGCCUGGCAUAGUCCAAGAGGGCUAUCCUACCAGUGGUACCUACCUACAAGAAUUAAAGGACUUACGUGCCUCGAUUACCGAGCUCCAAGCUCUGAAGUUGGUGAUCCAGCCCAUCGAUGCCACAACCAUCGUCUCUACUCCUACCGCUGCCGUCGAGAAUACUGACGAUCGUCAAGUCCCAUCCCAUGUGCCCCACUUCCAAGGGUCUGGAGCUGUCACCGAUACGACUAAGCCGGUCUUUCCUAGCUUUAAGGCUUGUAUGAAUCGUUUCGAAGACGUAUUGCAUGCUUACCAGUUGGACCUGAACCAACAUGGACUUCGUUUGUUGAUCAUCUGUUUACCCACCGCCAUGAGAGAUUGGAUGCAAUCGGCUAUCCAGGACAGGAAGAACCUUCCUUGGGAAGACUAUCGUGAUGCCUUAUCCUUGGAGUAUGGUGUCACUCAAGAUGCUGAACAAGAGGUCAACGCCAAUGCUCUCCUCUUGGUACGUAUGGACCCACAAGAAUCAAUCGAGUCCUUUAUCGAACACUUCCAACGAUUGCACCGCCUGUCAGGUCUGACGGAUCCUGCUAUCCUCUGUACCAGGUUCAUCUCUGCUCUUCCUCUGGUACUUGCUGACCGUGUGACUUUGGCCUUGGCAACCGCCCUUAGAGAUACCAAACGUAACCUUACGUAUGUGCUGUCGUUAACAAGGGACCUCAGCAAUCAAUUUGCUCACCGCGAUGCUGCCAACGACGACGCCCGUCCCACUUCGAUGUCUUUGGGUAGCGCUGCAUUCAAGUACGCCUAUAACACUCCCAGGACUAACUUGAAUCAUUCCGGCCGCCAUCAACGACGUGUUCGUGGACCCUCUUCCUCUGGUGCUAUGUACUGCGCUCACCAUGGUACUUCUGGUCAUAACACCGCCGAUUGCCGUGCCUCUAACAACAAUAACACAGCAUGUCCCGUUCUACUCGGACUUGUUACACCUGUGCCGCUGAGUGGAGACCCAGCCAUCGUUGUCCCAACGCUAGGAACAGAAACAAUGUCCGUUUCUACUCAGCUCCCACCACAGCUCUAA